AUGGGAGUCAUCGAGUUAAAAAAAAUCAUGGGGCAUAGUGGAGUUGUCUGGGGUGUUGUAUUGUAUUGUGUCUUGGUUAGUCUUGCCAUGGAAAGUGAAGAGCCAUGCUCCAGAGCUACUAGCUAUGGUGAUGCCCUUGGCAAGGCGAUAUUGUUUUUUGAAGGGCAACGUUCUGGGGAACUGCCUUCCGACCAGCGAGUAAAAUGGAGGGGAAAUUCUGCUCUCUCCGAUGGCAAGCCUGAAAAGGUGAAUUUAACAGGAGGCUACUAUGAUGCUGGGGAUAAUGUUAAAUUUGGAUGGCCAAUGGCAUUUACUGUUACUUUAUUGAGCUGGGCUGGAAUUGAGUACCAGAAAGAGAUAUCUUCUGUCAACCAGCUGGGUUAUCUCCACACCGCAAUCCGUUGGGGCACUAACUUCAUUCUGGAAUGUCAUACUUCAUCCACAGCAUUUUACACCCAGGUUGGGGAUGGAAAUGCUGAUCAUCAAUGCUGGGAACGUCCUGAAGAUAUGGACACUCCUCGAACACUCUACAAGAUAACUCCAAAUUCGCCAGGAACUGAGGCUGCAGCCGAGGCAUCAGCCGCUCUUUCAGCCGCUUCAAUUGUUUUUAAGGCUGUUGACCCCAGCUAUUCCACCAAGCUAUUACAACAAUCACAAUCAUUGUUUGAUCUGGCAGACAACUAUAGAUCAUCUUUUAAAGAUUCUUGCCCUUUCUACUGCUCAUUCUCAGGUUAUCAGGAUGAAUUGUUGUGGGCUGCAACUUGGCUAUACAAGGCAAGUGGAGACAACAAGUACUUGAGCUACAUCUCGAGCAAUAAAGGAUGGAGUCAGGCAGUGUCAGAAUUCAGUUGGGACAACAAAUUUGCCGGAGCUCAGACAUUACUUGCAAAGGAGUUCUAUGGUGGGAAGCAGGAUUUGGACAAGUUUAAGAGUGAUGCAGAGUCAUUUGUAUGUGCAUUGAUGCCAGGGAGUAGUUCCGUACAGAUUAAAACGACUCCUGGUGGGCUUCUGUAUACUAGAGAUAGUUCUAAUUUGCAGUAUGUCACAAGCUCUUCCAUGCUGCUAUUUAUCUACUCCAAUACCUUGACAGCAGCUCAUGUUAAUGGAGUCCAGUGUGGCUCUGCACAUUUCUCUGCACUUCAGAUUAAAGCCUUUGCAAAAUCACAGGUGGACUAUAUACUUGGGAGCAACCCCAUGAAGAUGUCAUAUAUGGUGGGGUUUGGCAGCAAAUAUCCAACUCAAAUGCACCAUAGGGGCGCAUCCAUCCCCUCAGUCCAAGCUCUCCCAUCAAAGGUUGGCUGCAAUGAUGGCUACUCUAGUUAUUACUUUUCUAGUCAACCAAAUCCAAACACACAUGUAGGUGCCAUUGUCGGAGGUCCAGAUUCAAAUGACCAAUACAAAGAUUUAAGAUCAGACUACUCUCACGCUGAACCUACAACUUAUAUGAACGCAGCUUUCGUGGGCUCAGUGGCUGCUUUAGUAGCUGAAAGCAAAGCAGACUGCCCGUCACAGCUGUGGCAGCUGACUGGAAACAAGAAGGUGGCUGAUUACAUGUAGCUUAGAUGAAGUGAAUGUAAUUAGUAUUUAGUACUAUAAAUUGUCUCUUAUGUUCAAUUAUAAGCUUUGUUGCUGACAUGAAUUUGUAUUAAGCCACAAAAUAAUAUCGAACUACUGAACAAUUUAUAUAUAUAAGUAAGGUCUACUGAAUUUCAAA